UUCUAGGGACCUCUGAGGGAAAAAAGAACGUUCUUGACUGAGCCUGCAGAGAUAUGUCUAAAGCAGGGGCCUGCCAGUGUGCCUUGGGCUUGCGGGCAGGGAGAAGCUUCACCUGCUCUCGAGAUCAUUCCUAGCCUCGGUCUGGUGGAGGCCUCUUUUCCCUGCAACCAGCUGACCCUUGGUGGAUCAGAGGGAUUGUAAAAGGAUCUGGUAGCUGGUUUUGCUGUGUGUUCCAGGGAGGGUGGCUUGAUGUCUUCAAGCCCUUUAGAAUCUCUCGCUUCCAAGAAAACUACUAAGAUGCUAAUUAUAGCCUCACGUGCCUUUUUAUUAAAGUGCUUCCCCCAAGGACUGGAGUCUGGGCCAGCUUUGCUGGUCUGAUAGGGUCCCCAGACUCAUGUGACAGCCUUGAAAUACUAUCAGGACUAGCAGGAUUGAGACUUCUCCCGCUUCAGAUUGCCCAGGGAAGGAGAGGGGGCACGUUUUCUCAGUUUUCUCCCUGUGGUGGGCACACCCCAUCCCUUUUCCAUGCUCAUAUUCAAGGGACGGCCAACCACAUAUGGCCGCCCAGCUGGAGUGCUCUCUAGGCCCGAUGCCUGAAAGUCAGGGGCCCUGGGCAGCCAGACGGGCAUCAAAGUUUCCAGCUGGGAGCCGGGAGGGGUCGUGUUCUGUCUGGAAAUGUGGGAAGGAGUGGUAGCAGGGAAUGGGUGGGAGGCGGGCUGUGCUGUGUGCCCUCAGUUGGCCGGGCGCAGGGUGAGGCUGCGAGCAGGAAGGAGGCUGGGCGCUGGGAGCUGGGAGUUAGGUCCUGCCGCCAUUGGAGCCAUGAGCACACGGGGUCCCAGCCCCCUCGCCUUCCUCACCACCCCUGUCACUCCCGGCGGCCCCACAGAAGCAGCUGACCCCCUCCCGGCACUACUCGCCCUGGCCUGCAUCUUCCUUCUGCUGGCCAGCUGUCUGCUCUUCAUGACCCUCUGCAAACCGGCCGCUCUGGACCCGAGCCGCAGGGCUCGGGAGUGCAUGCCCCAUCACCCCGGGAGCCCCAGCGAGCCCCAGCUCAGGCUCUGGAAGCGCCUGGGCUCUCUGCGCCGCUCCCUGCACAGCUUCCGCAGAGGCAGGCCUGCUCCCAGACGCCCCCUGCCGGGCUGCGAGGACAACCUCGACUGUGACUGCACGGAAUCUACCAAGAUGUGAUGGGGCAUCCCCACCACCCAGGACCCACCAGAGGUCCUCCUGCCGUGGACACGGCCUGGAACCAGGGACUGCAGAAGGACCUGGGCCACACGCUCAGCCACAGUGGUCCCCUGUGCGCCCAGGCCUGUGGCCUUUCCCAGAGACAGCCCCUGGAGGAAAGCCUUCCUCUCUGCCGACUCUGCAGCUGCUGCCUGCUGAAAGACUGCUGGGCCAACAGCGGGGUACCUGCAGCCAUCUGACCCUCGGCCCCAGCUCCAGAGGGUACAACCUGGGACCCCCAGCACUCUUCUCUGGCAACCAGGCACCAACCACCUCCAGGAAGCAGUGCCCCUGCUUCCCAACAGAAGUCCUGCCCACCUUCCAGGUGCCACAGUCCAGCAUGGAUUCCAGUUUGAGUUGCCGAAUGGCCAAAGGUUCCCUCCAGCCAGACGAAAUACUCCGUCCACACGGGGGGCAAGGAACUGUCUUGCCCUCUGUGCCAACUCAGUGCCAGAGGAAGAGGCAAGCCAGGGACUUCUCGCCUUGAAAUCUUGGGACCUACCAGCAUUCACCUAAUAAUCCCUGGGAGCAGCCAGCACCCCUGUGGGUCAGAUGCCCGUGUGCCUGCUGGGAGGAGGGCGAGCAGGAGGCUCUCAACCCUGCCUAGCCAGUCACCCUCCUGGCAGCCAUCUUGGUGGCCCCCCUUCAAGGCGCCCAUGUCACAAUGGACCAGGAAGGGGCUGAGAAUGGGUUAAAGAGCUCCUUGUGAGGCCAAGGAGCUGUGCUGUGUCAAAGCGGUGGGAGGCAUUGCCAGAAGCCAGAGGUGAUGCCACCUGGGCUCCGAGGACACAUCACAGCGUUCCUGCCUCGGCCAGGGCAGGAGGCCUCCUCCUUUUUGGGUAGGAGGGUUCAGACCUCUCCGGGACAACUGUGGGACCUCAGGUCCGGACCACACUAGGGAUGCUAUCUGAGUUUUUGGCAGUUGUGCCAUUGACUGGCUAUCUGUCAAAGCAAUCCUACCCUAGAGUGGGCUUCUCGGAAUUCCAAACCCCCAACUCUCCCCACAGGGUGCGGCUGUGCACUCGGGGUCCCAAAUCUGGAGAGUGGACGGAGGGGGUCUGAGCUGCCUGGUUCCUGCCACCUGUGUCCUGCUGCAGGGCUGCCGGGACCCACCUUGCAGUGACUCCCAAUGCAGCCAGCCAGGUCUUCUCAGGAAGUGAGCUCCAGCUUUGCCACCCCCCAGCUCCAACACCAUCACUGGUUUCCAACCGCUGGCUAGAUAAAGCCACGGCUCCUUAGUGUGGUGAUCGGCGUCCCCCGGGAGCUGGCUUCAAACUACCUUUCUAGCCUCACCUCGACCCGAGACUCCAGACAAACUGAACCACCUGUCCCCAGGCCAUGGCUUACGCUUCCCAAGGCACCCCCUCCGGGAAGCCCUCUUUGCUCUCCAGCGGAAAGCCACUUUCUGCCUAGAACCACUCCUGCUCCUCACAUCCCUCAGAGAAAGGAUCACUUCUUCCUGGCAUUGGGGGCGAUCCACAUCUAUGUGUCCUCCCUACAAGCCCGGAAGCUUGCAGAGAGCAAGACCAUGUCCAAACCUUCACGUUGCUUCACUGACUCCAGGCACAGAAGUAGGACGCCUCUGUUUCCCGGGUGAAGGAUGGCCCCGUCUGGGUGUAUCCCAACCCCCCAAAGUUUAAGGAGCCCUGGGGAGGUGGGGGGAAGCCAUCUUCUCCCCGAGACAGAAGCUUUCUCUCCAGCAUGUUGGUGAGGCCCUCUGUACCUUCCUUCCAGGUCAGUUUGACACCAGAGAGUGAGGCCAACUUGGCCAGAAACUUCCAAGGCCUUGGAGAAGUCGCUAAGGCCCGAAUUUCUCCCUGAGAAACGGGGAGAAUCAGGGCUGCCCUGUAUUACUCACGGGCUCUAGAAUUUCAGGCUGUGCAGUGUUGUGUAAAUAGAAACCCAUUCUUCAGGUUUAGAAAGUGGGCCAGGCCUCCUCCCACAGGGGUUUGUUACCCUCUCCCUUCCAGCUUGUGAACUUCUUCCUGGCUCCCUUCCCAGGGCCUCCCUGAGACAUCCCAGGAUGCACUUGGCCUACAGUCACUGGUGUCAUGCCCAGGCCAGCAUCCUGCUCGGUCCUAGGUGUUCUCUUCCUGGAGACCAGGGGGUAAGGCUGCCCUGAGGCCUGAGGAGAAGGAAUAGCUGGGGAUGGAAAGGGAGGGCGGGAGGUGGGGGGCCCACAAAGCUCUGGCCGCACCUCUAGGCAUGUCCUCAGUUUGGUCCUGGGAGACUGUCAGUGAGUGGGGUGGCAGGUAUUAGGCUAGAGGAGAAGCUGAGGCCAGAGGAAGAAAACCUCCCCGUUCCUCCUUCUGGAACCACCCCCAGACUCUUGCAAAUCCCUGUGGCUUCCUGGACUCUCUAGGAGUCAGCACCCUGCUCCCAGCCCAUUUCCUGCCUUCCUCCCGCCCCGAUGCAGGGAGGUGGAUCCACGUCCAGCCCCUUCUGAUCCUGGAUCCUGGGAGUCUGCCCUGGCGGACAGGCCCAGAUUUGCUGUGUUUGGCUCAGCCCCGGCCUCCCACCGCAUCCAGCAACGGAGGCCUCCAGGGGGAGGUGGGGGAGGGGACCUAAGCCUCAUUUUCAGGUCCUCCCCUUUCUCCUCUGAGCCUCAGAGCUGUCCUGCACCCUGGGCAAAGGAACUCUUUCUUCUUGUGCCUGUUUACUUCCUAAGAGGAGAGCUUUGGCCAAGGGCCCCGUGAAAGCCGCUCUGUUCUGGGCCUAGCUGGGCCCUGCCUCUUCCCCCUCACCUCCUACCGGGAAAAUGUGACAGCUCCAUCCACUUGCUGUUCCAAAAAGCCCUCUGGGUGAGGUGGGGGAAGAGGAGAGGGCUGUGGGGGAAGGGAGGGAGGCAAGGCCUUCCUUCUGUUUUGCGGGGAACCAGGGUGCUGUCUCAGGCCACAGAAACUAAAGGCCUACCAUCCCCAGAAGGGAGGAGGGUGCCUGGCUCCCUCUUUCCCCACUGCCUACUGGAUACUUCCGGAGCAGCAGCGGGACCCUCUUCUGUUUCCAUCCCUCCACGUGGCAGCCAUGCCUGCCCCCAGCCCACCAACAGCCCCAAGGGGCCAUGGCCACCUGCCUGCACGAUGCUGUGUCCCUCAGGGAUGUCCUCGGGGACGCUGGCCUCAUAGCUGCUCUGCAGAAAGAUGGGCCGGUUGUCGUUCACAUCCAGGACGGUGACAAACACGGUGGCCGUCCCCGUGCGCCGCUUACCUACAGGGCCGUUGUCUGUGGGAGUUGAAGGAAGAUGGGCUGUUAGUGGCUGCCUGAGGGACAGAUUUCCCUGGGCACGUGUCCUGUUCAUCCCACCCGCUCUGGCCGUCGCAAGGGGUGGGUUGUUUUUUUUUUUCCCUUUUUUUAGAUUAAGAAUAACACUAACAAUAUCUAACCUGUCCCAGGUGCUACUCUAACUCAUGCAGCCCUCAGGAGAAGCAUGUGAAGUAGGUGCUGUUAUUAUUAUUCCCAUUUUACAGAGGAGGUAACGGAGGCACGAAGUGCUUCAGUCGUGGCCCCCGGAAGAUCUACCCGCGUCAGAUCCCUGGGAACUUGUGAAUGUCAACUUAUUAGGAAAAAGUGUCUUUGAAGAUGUAAUUAAGAGUCUUGAGAUGAGGUAUCCUCGACUGCCUGGGUGGGCCACGGGCCCAAUGGCAAAGGUUCUUAAAAGAAAAAGGCGGAGGGAGGCCUGAAUCGAAGAGAAGGCCAGGUUAGGUCGGAGGCAGAGAUCGGAGUUUUGCAGCCACGAACCAAGGAUUAUUUAGAGCCACCAGAAACGCUUAGAGUCAAGGAAGGAUGCCCCUCUAGAGCCUUCAGAAGGGAAUGCAGGCCUGCAGACACCUUAAUUUUGAACUUCUGGCCUCCAGCGCCAUGAGAAAAUAAAUCUCUACUCUUUUAAGCUA